AUGUCUGCCUCUGCUCAAACCCUCCCACCUCCAGAAGUGGCCUUCCGCCUCCCUGGCCUCAGUAGUAAGAAAGUCCUGUUCUCUCGCAAGAGCCAGGAUCCCACGUACUGGCACUACCCGGAGGAUGGUGGGGUAUACGACGACCAGUGGUGGUACUUGAUCCCUGGGGAUGGAGAUCACGCUGGGUACUACUUGCUCAAGAGUAAGUACACUGGGAAGGUGAUGUUCUCGAGGAAGUCACCAGAUCCCCGCGUGGGCCACAUCGACGGCGAUGGGAAAUAUGCUGAUAACUGGUUCUGGCUCGAGUUCGGCACUGGUGAUAAGGUCAACAACUUUCGCAUCCGCAACCAUGCUUCGGACAUGGUCCAUGUGUCUCGCUCGGGAACGGAUCCGGAGGUCAUUAACUAUGCUGGGGACGGGACGAAGUACGACGAUCAGUAUUUCUCGUUCUUGUGCGAGCUAGUCAAUUUCGACAACAUCGAGUACCACAUCAAUGAUGCGAAGAUUUUGAGCUCCGUGGUCGUGGCCAUGGGUACUGAAACGGAUUGCAACGAGACCGACACGGAUCAGACCAUUGAGUUCACCUUCUCGAAGACAGAGUCUGUCUCGUACACUUGGGACUACACGGUGGGCUUCAUCAUCGAUAUCGGAGCUGGAGUGGAGGUCGAGGUUCCUUUUGUCGAAAGCGGCAACGUCAGGGUGGAUGUGUCCAACACUCACACAUUCUCAACCAUGCAUACUACCAGCGAGGACACCACAUUCUCCGGUACUGUGACUACCACUGCUCCACCCCACACCGAAGUCACGGCCACGGCGACCAUGACUAAAUCCGCUGUCAGCGUCCCGUUCACAAUGUACGUGAUCGUUGCCUCCACCAACAAGACGGUUGCCAUUGAGGGCACUUACAACGGUACCAGUUUCUGGAACAUCCAAGCCGACUUUACACAGAAGAGUCUCCCAGACAGUAGCUAG